UCCUCAUGACUUGGUUUAGGUCCGUCGCCACAUUCAGAUCACAAAUGUAAUAAUAUUGCAUUCGUGUUUGUGCGACACAGAAGAAUAAAUUUCUAAUCUGACUCUAUCAAAGAAAACGGAGAGAGCCGACCAAGGAAGAGAGAAAACGGUAAUCUGAGAGGGUAGUCUAUGGUAAAAAAAUAAAAAACGCCAUAACAUUGAUCGCACUCACCAAACCAAUAAAACAAACCAAAAAGGGAGACACAAAUAAUUAGAAAAACAAACAAAAAAGAAGAAAAAUAAACAAAUAGAAAUCUCAACAUGGUUCGUCUGACACUAACCCGAAGUGUAUUAUUAAGCGUCAUACUCUUAGAAACAAUGUAUUUAAUGAUGUCACUGCAGAGAUUGGCUGACUUAGAAGAACACUGUGCAGCUGACGAGGGUAUGCACGUGGAGGGACAUGAAAUCAAGAAAAAAGCCUGGCCGCCCCUGUACGUGAUCACGCCCACGUACAGACGCAACACCCAGCUGGCGGACAUGACACGGAUGUCUCAGACGCUGAUGCUCGUUCCCAACUUGCACUGGAUCGUCGUGGAAGACGCUGAGAAGACGAGCCAGGUGGUGCGUGACCUUCUGGACAGGACGGGCAUACCCUAUACCCACCUAUGCGCCACGAUGCCAGAUGAGUACAAAGACCAAAAGAGCAUGGGGAAAGGUGUCUUUAACAGACGGGAGGGGCUGAAGUGGCUGCGAGAGAAUGCACAUGAGGGGGUCCUAUACUUCGCUGAUGACGACAACGCCUAUGAUGUCAGGCUGUUCGAGCAGAUGAGGACGACGAAGCGAGCCUCCGUGUUCCCGGUGGGCAUGAUCCUCAGCUACGGGAUCAGCGCGCCCAUCGUCAGGGGCGGGAGGGUCGUCGGAUUCCAUGACGCCUUCCAGGCCGGCAGGAAAUUCGCAGUCGACAUGGCGGGUUUCGCGGUAAAUCUACGGGUUUUGCACGCCAGUCCCCAGGCCACCAUUCCCCUUCGCCUCUCGUAUCUUGAAGACGGCUUCCUCAAGGCGCUCAGGCUCGAGCUGGAGGACUUGGAACCCCUGGCGUCCGAAUGCACGGAGGUCAUGGUCUGGCACACAAAAACCCACAAGCCAGCCACGCCCAACCCGGAGCACAUCUCACACGCUGAUUUCGACACCAAUCUGCCAGAUUUAUACCGGAAGAUUUUGCGUUGAAGGGGAAAAGGUAAAAAAAAA